AUGAAUCUCUAUGCUAAACUAGAGCAUUUGGAAUAAGAUAUUUAUUUUGAUGAAGAUGACUAUGAUUAGGAGAAUGAUAGAGUAAUAAUGAACUUAUUAUAGCAAAAGCAAGUGUCCAUAAACGAAACUCAUGACAAAUAAAAGCUAGAAUAUAUGCUUUAGGGUGAAAAAGCAAGGUAAGUUGCUGUGAUGGAAAAAAUUCAAAGGCUCGAAAAAUUCAGAGAGAAACUUCAUAAGCAAGCUGGCAAAUGGGAUGCAUAUGAAAGAAAGUCAAAGGACUUUAUGAAUCUUACAAGUGAUUGCAAUUACGGAUGCUCCAAAUAAUGCUAUCAGGAUUAUAAUUUGUCAACAGUAAUAAAUACAUUCGUCUCUUGUAUUGCACCUCAAUGUAAAUGCUUAAACUCAUUUGCUCUCUAGCAUAUUCCUGAACCAUAUUUCAAUGAGACUGAGUUUAACGUGAGAAGAUUAGAUAUUGUUAAAUAGGCGUCGGAAAGAGUCUCAGAAAAUUGGCCAACUGCGAUAAGGAAAACUUAUUUGGAUGCUAAUGGUUAUGAUCUCAUUAGAGACUGUGAUCUUCAGUGCCACAGAGAUUGCUUUGCAAUUAAGAAAUAUGUUCCUUUUGACACACUUCUCUAAUGCCCAAGAUACAGAUGCAAUUGCUGGUAUCGUUUAGAUGAGGAGAUUACUAAGCAAAUUCCUACAGGUUAUCUCUAAGCAUAAGACUGGACAUCUCAAAUUCUAAAGGAUUGCGAUAAGCCAUGUGCCUAGAGAUGCUUAUCAAGUUUUGCAUCAAAGCCAGAAGUUGAAUUCUGUGUUUAAUAUAAAUGUGGCUGUAAAAUAGAGCAGGGAACUUAAUCAGAUCUACUUAUGGACAGAUUAGGAUUCAAUAGAGAUAAGUAUGUGAGUAACUUACCUUCUUAAUAAGUUACCAAAGAAAUCAGCAGAGAAACAAUCUAUGAUGAUAAUGAUGAUUUGGAUGAAAGUGAUACAAUAUAAAUAGAAAGAAGUUUAAGAAUUGGUGAAAAUGAUAGAGCUAAAAUAUAACAAAGUGAAUACAUUGGUGGAAGAGGUGGCCAUUAAUACAUUGAGAAAAAUAUAACUUAGACCCCUUAUGGUGUAAAAUAAGAGAAGAUAGUUGAGAAAGUUUAUCCAUAGGCUUUGUUUCAUCAUCAAUAACAUGAAUUAGAUUAAUAUCAGGGAUAAAAUGAUCAAAUGAUUGAUCAAUAAAUUCAUAGAAGUCAUUAAGGGCCUAUAGUGCAUGAUCCUUUAAGAUUGUAUCAAGAGUAAAUAGCAGAGCCAAAGAACUGGAACUUUAAUGAGGAGAAUUUCCCUUAUAAAGAUCAAAUAAGAAUUAGAGAGUAUCAUACAAUUGAUAAUUAGCCUGUACAUCAAAAUUCUUAACAUCACAGACCACAUUCAGAGAUGUUCAGAGAUCAAAGUAAUAUUAACUACACCGAGUUUAACAUUCAUGUAGAUUUGUAUCCUUCUUCUGAUCUGCUUCCAGAUUCUGUAAACUAAAUUCGACAGUAGCAUCAUCUUGAACAGUAGAUGAAAUUAUAGCCAAGAGCAUUGGAAAACAUUUUAGAUUCGAGGGAACUUUAAGAAUAUUAAGAUUUUCUGAGGUUUAAGAAGGCUAAAGAGCUUAUGAAAGUUAAGACCUACGAAUAAGAUUUAGAAGCUGAAGAAGAAGAAGAAGAAUAAGAAGUUACUCACCAAAAGAAAUAAGAGAAAGGUAAGAAAGGUGAAAAAGCUCAUGAUAAGAAAGGUAAAGGAAAAGAGAGGAAAGAAGGCAAGGGCAAAUCAGAUUAUGCAGUCUUGUAUAAUUUAGAUGAACUAAUGACUGAUAAUGAAAUAGCCUCAGCACAGUAUCAGUCACUAUCUAUAUUCGUACUCUUUAUUGUUACAAUCUUACUCAUGGUUGCUACUGUUUCAAUAUACAAGAACUUUAUCAGAUCAUAUGAUGAUAAAAAUUCAAAGCUUCUUUAUUAGGGUGAUCAAAAUGAAGUUGCCUUUCAGAAAAUGUACUGA